UCUCGUUCCUGGUGAGUGACGAGCUCCCAAUGGACAUGUUACUAGGUAUGUACUACCUCUCUGUAGCACAACCCUAGUUUGACUGGGACCGAAAAGUGGUCAAACACACAUUGCCAGGUGGAGGGACCGCCAGAUUACAUAAGUUCAAAGCUAGUAGUCUGAUUGAGUCCUAUGGGUGCAUGUGUGCGGCUGCAUUCUAUAAUUAUUAUAAGCAAAAUCAGGAGGAGGGUAUGUACUUAGUCUAUGUCUCUGCUGCAGGCGAGCCGGUGAAAAUGCCGCCAGAGAUAGAGGGAGUAGUUGCUAAGUACCCUGAUCUAUUUGAAGAGCCGACAGGGGUUGUUGAGAGGGAGGUCGUCCACGCGAUAGAGAUUAUCCCAGGGUCUAGUAUUCCAAGGGGUAGGAUCUAUCGGAUGUCUCCAGGCGAGCUUGAUGAGCUUCGCCGCCAACUCAAGGAACUCGUAGAGAAGGGCUGGAUCCGGCCGAGUGUCUUUCCUUAUGGGUCUCCAGUUUUAUUCGUGCCUAAGAAGAAGGAGGGAACUCUUAGGAUGUGCAUUGACUAUAGGGGCCUCAAUGCCAUCACUGUGAAGAACAGAGAGCCCCUACCGCGCAUCGAUGAUCUGUUAGAUAGAGUGCAAGGGUGUCGGUACUUCAGUAAAAUAGAUCUGAAGUCCGGGUACCAUCAGAUUGCAAUCUGGCCCGAGGAUCAAUACAAAACCGCAUUUCAGACCAGGUACGGUCUGUAUGAGUUUGUGGUGAUGCCUUUUGGCCUUUGCAAUGCUCCUGGCACCUUUCAACACGCUAUGAAUUGGAUAUUCCAUGACUACUUGGAUAAGUUUGUCGUCGUGUACCUCGAUGACAUACUUAUUUUUAGUAAGACUGUCGAGGAGCACGUAGCACACUUAGACAAAGUUCUCAGUCUCCUGCGACAGCACAAGUUCAAGAUCAACGGUGAAAAGUGCGAGUUUGGCCGCACUCGUAUCUUGUACUUGGGUCAUGAGAUUUUCGCGGAAGGGUUGAAGCCCGAUGACGCGAAGGUGGCCAGCAUUCGUGAUUGGCCACGACCUCAGUCUGUGACUGAGAUGAGAUCUUUCUUAGGAAAGCAGGAGGGGCCAAAGUUGAGGCCAGUUGAAUACAUGUCCAAGAAAAUAUCGUCUCAGAAGUUGGCUAAGUCUACUUAUGAGAAGGAACUCUAUGCGGUGUACAAGGCUCUCACCCAUUGGAGACACUAUCUCCUUGGGCGGUUCUUCAUCCUCCRGACUGAUCAUCAGACCCUGAGAUGGAUGAGAACACAACCGGUACUCUCAGAUGCUCUCAAGCGAUGGAUCGAAGUCAUUGAGCAAUAUGACUUUGACCCUCAGUAUCUCAAAGGGGAGUACAACAAGGUUGUUGAUGCCUUGUUGCGAAGACCGGACUUCUCAGGUGCGCUGAUUACUGACGGACGAUGUUACUCAGUCUUUGGUGGAAGCCUAUCGUCAGGACCAGUUUAUGUCCGAGAUCAUACGCAGAUUAGAGGCGAAGGAGAAGAAGAUCUCCGCCGAGUUUGAGUUGGUCAAUGGAUUGCUGUUCCUAGAGAAGGCAGGGAAUAAACGCUUGUGUGUUCC